CUAACCCAGUGUCUAGGUGUCAACUUAAUUCAGGUACCCAGGGAUGUAGCUAAGGAAAAGAUGAGCAGGCUUUUUUAUCAGUCAAGCAGGCUAUUUUACUCAACAGCAACUUGAAAAUUUCACGUCUUUUUUCUUCAGAGCAAUUUGCACCGGUGGUAAGUUCUAUUUCAGCCAAUGAAUUAAAA